AUGUCCCUCAAUAAACUAAAAGUUGGAGGUUAUGGCAAACAAGGCUCUACAAGCACCCCCUCGAACGUGCAAAUUGAAAACAUAUCAGAGGAUACAGACGAUAUUGAUGAGAAUGACGAAACUGGACAGAGUAUUUUACUCAAUAUAAUUUCUCAAUUAAGACCUGGAUCCGAUUUAUCACAUAUAACGUUACCAACUUUUAUACUGGAGAAGAAGUCCAUGCUUGAAAGAAUAACAAAUUUACUCCAAUUUCCCUCCCUCUUACUUGAUGCACACGCAGAAAAGGAUACCCUAGAAAGAUUUUUGAAGAUUAUUAAGUGGUAUCUUUCUGGUUGGCAUAUUGCUCCAAAAGCUGUCAAAAAACCAUUGAAUCCUAUAUUAGGGGAAUACUUCACAGCAUAUUGGAAUUUGCCCAACAAACAGCAAGCUUACUACAUUGCUGAGCAGACAAGUCAUCAUCCACCAAAAUCUGCAUAUUUUUAUAUGAUUCCAGAAUCUAAUAUCAGGGCUGAUGGUGUAGUAAUUCCAAAAUCGAGAUUUUUAGGAAAUUCAUCUGCAGCAAUGAUGGAAGGUUUAUCAAUUCUACAAUUUUUGGAUAUAAUUGAUGAAGAUACCAAGGAAGUUGAAAAAUAUUCUUUUACACAACCUAAUAUGUAUGCAAGAGGUAUUCUAUUUGGUAAAAUGAAAUUCGAAUUGGGCGAUCAUGCCAUAGUAAAAGGUCCAAAAUAUCUCGCUGACAUUGAAUUUAAAACCAAAGGAUUUAUCUCAGGUACGUACGAUGCAAUUCAUGGGAUUAUCAAGGAUUAUACUGGUAAAAAGUAUUAUGAAAUAACAGGAAAAUGGAACGAUAUUAUGUACGUUAAAAAUUUGCAGAAAGCUGAGGCCCCCAAAACUGUAUUAUUUAACUCGCAUGAACACCGUCCACUGAAGCCAAUUGUUCGACCAUUAGAAGAGCAGGGAGGGUAUGAAUCAAGAAGACUUUGGAAAAAAGUUUGUGACGCUUUAGCUGCUCGUGAUCAUAAGGUGGCUACCGAAGAAAAAUCAUUGAUUGAGAACGAACAAAGAGCCUUAGCUAAAAGACGAUUGGAAGAUGGCGUCGAAUUUCAUCCAAAACUGUUUAGAAAACUUCCGUCUGGUAGUUCUCUAGAUUACAUGAUAUACAAAGGCAUACCAAGUGGCAACGACCAUGAAGCACAAAUAAGAAGUAUUUUAGAAACUGUUCCGAUCUUACCGGGGCAGAGAUUAACUGAAAAAUUUGCCAUACCAGCGUACAAGAAACAUGACAUACAGUCAUCCCACAAAUAA